CAAGUGCUGACUUCAUCUACAUUUGUGACACCAUUAUUUAAAUCAAAACCAAAGUCCAAAACCUCCAUAUCCUUAUUUUUUUCCCAUUCAGAUCCAGUGAAAAAACCAAACACACAAACACACACACACACACAAUUCUCAUCAAAGAUGUUCAGUUCCAAAUCUGAGCUUUCCCAAAAGACAGUGCUCCAAAUCAAGCAAGAUGACAAAUUCUUCUGCAGGCUUCUCUCAAAGGAAAGUUCCAUGUCCAACCCUUCUUUCAGAGUGGCUGUGGCUGUGCCCUUUGUGUGGGAAUCUCAACCUGGCACCCCAAAAUACACUUUCUCUCAUGACACUCUCCCUCCUCUCACUCCUCCACCCUCCUAUUAUGCCACUCGUGCAACAAAAAACAAGCCUGUGAAGAAACACUCAAGGUUCAAUCUCUUGUUAUCACUCUUCCCUAAACUGAAUCUCAAGAAGACCAUGAAUCUCUCACCCUCUUCCUCUUCCUCUCUCUCUUCUCCUUCACCCUCUCUAUGGUCUUCCUCGGAUAAUUCUUCCAAGGUUGUCCCUGAGGGGAGGGUUGGAAGGAAGCGUUUCCUAAGCUUUGGUUCAUCUUUUGAUCUUUGGGGAGAGGAUGAAGAAGAGGGUGGUGCCACUUCUCCAACUUCAACACUUUGCUUUGGCAUUUCUCGUUCCACAAGCACUCUUGCGGGUACUGGCUUCCGAGGCUCAAGCAGGAGGUGAUCGAUUUUAUUGUUGUAAUUAGAGCCUUUGUCGCAUGCAGUAGCUUUUGAUCUUGUGUGGCCAAGGUGCAUGCUCUGAAUCUGUUUAAAUACAAGUUUAGAAGAGUUUUCGAAAACUUAUUUAUUGAAAAUAAAGAGUUUUUUUUGAAAACCUUUUAAAAUUUAUAUCCAAACAGAUUCAUAUGUGUAAAUGUCUUUUUUGUUAUGCUCUUCAUGCUUAAAGGGCAAUCAAUUUUCUAGGAUGGAGCUGAUCUUAAGCUUGUAUCUCUCAAAUAAAAGGUGUGUUUCUGAGGUGUAUUAUGUGGAACAUAUUAUAUGCAGUUAUGAAAGUUAUUAGAAACAUUAUAUAUUAAUCGGUCCUCUUUGCCUUUAGAAUGUGGCAAAACAUUCAUGGACUAAUUAAGUAAGAACUGUUGUAUUCUAUGGCUUAUUGUUAUUUUUA